AUGCACUCUAAAAGAGACAAUUUAAGGUCGAAGCUGACAAAAGACUUGAGAUAUCCACAUCCAGCUUGGAUCACAGACCAAGUGACAUGGGAAGAACUUACGAAAGAUGCCAAAUUUAAGAGGAAGGUUCACUAUUUUCAAAAGGAAGCUUCAGAGGAUGACCUAAAAUAUGCUUUAUUACAUGGUUCCCAAGGCCUACGACAACAUAUGCUAGAUCAAGGGGAGAAAUUAGUGAGUGGUCACGAAUCUGAGGAAGCCCAACAAUCAAACUCAUCAGGUAGUGAGCAUGAAGAGGAGCUAGAGGAUCAUGAUGAAUUGUUUGUUGCACACAAUGAUUCGACUAUCAUUCCUGAAACUCGGGAGGAAACCAUCCUUGAAUUUCAACAAGUGGGAGACAACAAUAUUGAGGAGGGUGUUCAAUGUGAUGAACAAUCCACACCCACAAUCAAAAAAGUGCCUCGUAGAAAGAGGACAAAAAGCAAGAAGAUGGAUAGAAACAAAUGAAAACAAGACAUGUUUGCUUCCUAUCAUUGUUCAGAAUUCAUUACUAUUAUAAACCUAAUUUAUAUAGCAUCAUAUUUGUUUAAUGAAUACUUGUGAAUUUAUUCACUUUUACAAAUGGAUUUCUGAUUUCACUUC